UGUAUACUUUCAUUUUUAUUCACUAUAUAAUCACAUGUUUCUGAUCUCUCCCUAUUAGGACUAAUAUGUAUUUCAGUCAUUCACCAACAUCGUCUUUAUAGCACAUCUUUUAUUUCAUCUGAUUAUACUGUACGCAAGUUUUACCAAUUAUUGUUGACAGGUUCUUAUAUACAGAAAGGAUUGACAUAGCUCCGGACACGGUGAUGGCGCUCAUGUACACAGCCAAGAAAUAUGCUGUAGAAGGACUGGUAACUAGAUGCAGAGAAUACUUGGAAACGAAGAUUACAUGUGACAAUGUAUGUACAAUAUUAGAACAGGCCCAUAUGUUUGAUGAGAAUGAGCUACGAAAUCAUUGCUUCAUUACAAUUUUCUCCAACAGCAUGGACGUUCUGAAGAGUCCACUAAAGGAUUAUCAAAGCCUAUGCUUUGAUUGCCUAAGGAAAUUACUGCAGUCUGAUAAAUUGAUGGCGAAUGAGGAAACCAUCUUCAUUGCUUGUUUGAAUUGGGCAGAAAAACAAUGCCGUUUAAAGAGUUUAGAAAUAAGUGAUGAAAACAUGCGUGAAGUGUUGGGAGAAAUUCUGUAUCUAAUACGAUUUCCAAAUAUGGACCAAAGAACGUUUACUGAUCUUGUCUCUGGCACAGGAUUGCUAACUUCGGAUGAAAAAUUAGCGGUUUAUCGGCAGUUUUGUAGAUAUCCACGUGAUGGCGACACGACGACAGUUGGACUAAGAUUUCCUUCAAAACCUCGCAAUGCUACUGAGAUAUUCAGGGCAAGUCGUUUUAAAGAGGUUCUUGGGGGAAUAUUUGAUUUCUGGGACAACAACGAUAAUGACUGUGAUGCUAUUUCUUUCAGGUCAUCACGUGAUAUUAACCUAAUAGGUGUAUCAUUAUACCGUCCUUUCCCAGAUGGGAUUAUUCGUGGUAGUGUUAAGAUAUAUGACGAAAGUAACUGGUGCAUGGCAAAACUAGAGAACCUAGAAAUAGUGUGUAGGGAUGGCGAUGAAACAACAAUUGAUAUAAAAUUCAAAGGUAGUGAAAAGAUACAACAAAACAGGUGGUAUACUGUUACACAACAAAUGCAAGGAUCCAGAUCAUUCUAUGGAAAUAGCGGGCAAAAACAGGUUCAAGGAAAAGGCGUAGUAAUAUCGUUUAGACGUAGUCCGAUGGACAAAAACAAGACAGAUGUUGAUUCUGGUCAAAUACCGGCUCUUCUUUAUUCGUAAGGAACUCUUAAAAAAAGAACGACAUGUUUAAAUAUGUAUUCCUUUAAAUAAACUUAUGAAUCUUUGAAUACAGAUAUUUCAACCUUUAGUUGUUAUAUUUGGACGAUUUUUUACAUAAACAUAUGCGUUGGUCUGUAAUAAUUUAAGCAACUAUACAAUUUGAUCUGUAAAGUAUUUUUUUCAGCAAAUAAGUGUAUUGUUGUAAAUACAAGAAAAAUACCAUAUAUGGAAACAAACACAGAAAAUUAAUUCAUGAAUGAUAU